CAAUUAGACAAUGGCCCAAACUCUCAAAGCCCCCAAAUCCCAACGUAGCAAUCUAGUCUAGCACAGAGCACGCACCAACCCAUCGUCAAUCGUCAGGCGCUGCCUCGCUGGUCGGCCGUCGAACGGACGCCGCCACGUGCCUACGCCGGAGCUGCUGAACUAGGAAUCUGGGAAUCUGGCUUUCUGAAACCCUUCUGGCUUUCUAAUUCUGCUAGCUCUUCGGUGGUAAACGGGUUAGUUACUAAGUUAACUAAGUUUUUAAAUUUUAAUUACAGACUUGUAUGAUUUUAAGUUUUAGUUUUAUUGUAUUUUUAAUUCAAUUUAAAGACUAAAUUACAGCCUUGUUUAGUAUGAAUUUGAUUGUUAUUUAUAAAGUUGUAAUCAUCGUUUAUAGUAGUAUGAAUUUACUAUGCCGCAUGUCCUAGCCGGCAUCUGCAAUUUGCUCUCAAACUUUAAUUCUGUCAGCACUACCGACGAGGCAGCAACCAGUCCUCUUCUGCGGUUAGUCCACCAGCUACCAGCCUUCGCAGCACCCCUGUGACCCACCACCAGCUACCGCGCGCAGCGUGACUGUCGACUGCAUCCUUUGGCCGCACCUGACCGCUGGAGAAAACUACCAUUGCCGUCUUUCGUACUCACUACUCAGCUAGGUUAAUUAGAAGGUGAAGAUUUUUAAAUUUCGGUGAAACUUUCAAGAAUUGAAUUUAGUGCUAUAAAGUCAUGUUGGCUGAAGUUGAACUCUGUGAGCACCAUCCUACUUGGAAGAGGAUCUGGAUUUAGUUAAAUAUUAAUGAAGUCCGCAACAAAAGAGAUCUUCUCGAUCCUAAAAUCCCAACAAAAGGCCCAUGCCCACCUUCUCUAUCACUACAGAACAAUUGUAAAAGUUCGUCUGAAAUGGGUGAAAAACCGAGGCUUAGAUCACAUCAUAGACGUCCAAACAGAUCUUAAAGCUGCUUGCCUUCUCAAGGAUGCUAUUGUACGCUCACCUACCGGAUACCUCAACUCCAACUCCCUCGUUGACUCCCACAAACUCCUUGGUCUCACUGUUCCCACCCUCCGGUUCAUCCGCCGGUUCCCCACUCUGUUUGAGGAGUUCCCACAUCCCAAGUAUCCUUCUUUGCCUUGCUUUAAGCUUACCCACAUUGCAAAAGUUCUUCAUGAUCAAGAAAUGAAGGUGUAUGAUGAUGUUCAAAGUGAUUUGAUGGAGAGGCUCUCCAGGGUCCUCAUGAUGACCAGGAAUAGAAUGGUACCUGUGUUAUCUCUGCAUCGACUAAAAUGGGAUUUAGGUCUGCCUGAUGAUUUCGAUCGGAACUUCAUAAAAAAAUUUCCAGAUGAUUUCACCGUCGUAAGGGGCACAAAUGGUUUACCAUGUCUAAAACUUCUCAACUGGAAAGAAGACUUUGCAUUCUCUGAGUUCCAGAAGAUGAAUGAAAAGGUCGAGUCAGCUGACAAUAACUCUGAAAGUUCCUUGUACAGGAAAUUUCGAAGAGGGAAAUCGACAUUGGAAUUCCCCAUGAGUUUCCCCAGGGGUUAUGGUGCACAGAAGAAGGUGAAAGCCUGGAUGGAGGAUUUUCAGAAUCUUCCCUACAUUUCUCCCUAUGAAGAUUCAAGUGGAAUAGAUCCUGACAGUGAUCUAAUGGAAAAACGGGUUGUUGGCGUGCUUCAUGAAAUCUUGAGCUUGACCCUUUACAAGAAAACAAAGAGAAAUUACCUAAGGAGCCUCAGGGAAGAAAUGAACCUCCCCCACAGAUUCACCAGAAUAUUUACUAGGUACCCUGGGAUUUUUUACCUUUCAAUGAAGUGUAAAACGACGACUGUGGCACUUAGAGAGGGUUACCGUCGUGGUAGACUGGCAGAUCCGCAUCCACUUACUCGCCAUAGGGACAAAUUUCAUCAUGUGAUGAGGACCGGGUUAGUUUAUCGAAGCAAAGGACUGGACAUUUUGCCUCAACUUGACACUAUUGGUGACAAUGGAGAAGAAGACACCGAUAAUGAUGAAGAAAUUGAAAACAGUAAUGAAUGCUAUGAAUAUGGAAGUUCAGAUUCUAAUGAAGACUGACGUUCGUUGCUUAACAAUUAACAUGUAGCUUCUUUACCGAUUAAAAGGUGGUGGUUAUGAAUUAAACAAUUUUUGAAAUAGCAGAUAUUAAUGUUUUUACAAUGAUGGUAGUUGCAUAUAGUUUUACUUUUUCAUUCAUGGUCUCAAUUUCAUAGUGGGGGUAAAAUAAAAAUGUAUGUCCAUGUCACCCCCAAAGUGUCAUUCUAGUAGUAGUAACUAGUAGACUUGGUUGAUAUUCAUUUAUAUUUUUCGUAUAUUUCUUAUUAUUGAGACAAACUAAA